GCCAGGGCGGCCGCCAGGGGGCGGGGCGCGCGGGGCUCGCGCCGGGGGGCGCCGGGGUGACGGCGACGCCGCCGCCCGCUGCCGGUGCCGGUGCCGCGGCAGCCGCCGCGCAGAUAUGGUCCUGAACAUCGUGAGCAUGUGACUCCAAAGAUGGACAAAUGGAUCUUUUAUAAGUUGUGAUUGGCCUUAAGCUGACUUAAAACCACUGAAGAACUUCGUAGGACUUCUCUCAUCCCAGAUUUAUGCCUGUCUAACUGCCUCACACCACCAGCUUAAUCAUGUAUGGAAGUGCUCGGUCAGUUGGCAAGGUUGAGGCAAGCAACCAGAGCCCAGGGCGUUCACCAAGGCUGCCACGGUCACCACGCUUGGGCCAUCGUCGAACCAACAGCACAGGAGGCAGUUCUGGGAGUAGUACUGGGGGCGGCAGUGGGAAAACCCUUUCUAUGGAAAAUAUCCAGUCCUUAAACGCUGCCUAUGCUACAUCUGGCCCUAUGUAUCUAAGUGACCAUGAGAAUGUGGGUGCAGACACCCCGAAAAGCACCAUGACUUUGGGCCGAUCUGGGGGGCGGCUGCCUUACGGUGUUAGGAUGACUGCAAUGGGUAGCAGCCCUAACAUUGCCAGUAGUGGAGUUGCCAGCGAUACUAUUGCAUUUGGAGAGCACCAUCUCCCUCCAGUGAGUAUGGCAUCCACCGUGCCUCACUCACUGCGCCAGGCUAGGGAUAACACAAUAAUGGAUCUGCAGACACAACUCAAAGAAGUAUUAAGGGAAAAUGAUCUGCUUCGCAAGGAUGUGGAGGUGAAAGAGAGCAAGCUGAGUUCUUCCAUGAACAGUAUCAAGACCUUCUGGAGUCCUGAGCUAAAAAAAGAGAGAGCUCUGAGGAAAGAUGAAGCUUCAAAAAUCACCAUUUGGAAGGAACAGUAUAGAGUUUUGCAAGAAGAAAACCAGCAUAUGCAGAUGACUAUCCAGGCUCUCCAAGAUGAACUGCGGAUCCAGCGGGACCUGAAUCAACUGUUUCAGCAGGACAGCAGCACUAGAACCAGUGAGCCCUUUGUGGCAGAGCUGACAGAGGAGAACUUCCAACGACUUCAUGCAGAGCAUGAACGCCAGGCCAAGGAACUCUUCCUGCUACGUAAAACCUUAGAAGAGAUGGAACUGCGUAUUGAGACACAGAAACAGACCUUAAAUGCACGUGAUGAGUCCAUCAAAAAGCUGCUGGAGAUGCUGCAGAGUAAAGGUCUGUCAGCAAAAGCCACUGAGGAAGAUCAUGAGCGAACAAGACGGUUGGCUGAAGCAGAGAUGCAUGUACACCACUUGGAGAGCCUUCUCGAACAGAAGGAAAAAGAAAACAACAUGCUGAGAGAGGAGAUACAUCGACGAUUUGAAAAUGCUCCUGACUCAGCUAAGACAAAGGCUCUGCAAACUGUUAUUGAGAUGAAGGAUUCAAAAAUUUCUUCCAUGGAGCGUGGCCUCCGGGAUUUGGAAGAAGAGAUUCAGAUGUUGAAGUCAAAUGGAGCUCUGAGUACAGAGGAGCGUGAAGAGGAAAUGAAGCAAAUGGAGGUGUACCGUAGUCAUUCCAAAUUCAUGAAAAAUAAGGUAGAGCAACUGAAGGAAGAGCUAAGUGCCAAAGAGGUUCAAGGGGAGGACCUGAAAAAAAGAGUGGCUGGUCUCCAGGCCGAGAUCGGUCAGGUAAAACAGGAGCUGUCACGCAAAGACACAGAGCUGCUAGCCUUGCAGACAAAGCUGGAGACCCUCACAAAUCAGUUUUCUGACAGCAAGCAGCAUAUUGAAGUCCUGAAAGAGUCUCUUACAGCUAAAGAGCAAAGAGCUGCCAUUCUGCAAACAGAGGUGGAUGCAUUACGCUUACGUCUGGAAGAGAAGGAGACUAUGUUAAAUAAGAAGACAAAGCAGAUUCAGGAGAUAGCAGAGGAGAAAGGGACACAAGCAGGAGAGAUCCAUGACCUGAAGGACAUGCUAGAGGUGAAGGAACGCAAAGUUAAUGUUCUUCAGAAGAAGAUUGAAAAUCUUCAAGAACAGUUAAGAGACAAGGAAAAGCAAAUGAGCAGCUUAAAGGAUCGAGUGAAAUCUUUGCAGGCGGACACCACAAAUACUGAUACUGCCUUGACCACGCUGGAAGAAGCACUUGCAGAAAAAGAAAGGACCAUUGAGCGCCUAAAGGAGCAACGUGACAGAGAUGAACGGGAAAAACAGGAAGAGAUUGACAACUACAAAAAAGACAUUAAGGACCUGAAAGAGAAAGUUGGCAUUUUGCAAGGAGAUCUCACAGAGAAAGAGACCUCGUUACUGGAUCUGAAGGAACAUGCUUCAUCCUUAGCUUCAUCGGGACUGAAGAAAGAUUCAAGGCUCAAGACACUGGAAAUUGCAUUGGAACAGAAAAAGGAAGAAUGUUUGAAGAUGGAAACUCAACUGAAGAAGGCUCAUGAGGCAACUCUUGAGGCGAGGACCAGUCCAGAGCUGAGUGAUCGUAUGCAGCAGCUGGAACGGGAGGUAACACGGUAUCGGGAAGAAUCUGGCAAGGCUCAAGCUGAAGUGGAUCGCCUUCUGGAAAUCUUGAAAGAGAUGGAAAAUGAGAAGAAUGAUAAGGAUAAGAAGAUUGCAGAACUGGAAAGGCAAGUUAAAGAUCAAAAUAAGAAGGUAGCAAAUCUGAAGCACAAAGAGCAAGUAGAGAAGAAGAAGAGUGCACAGAUGCUGGAGGAGGCCAGGAGACGGGAGGAUAAUCUUAACGACAGCUCCCAACAGCUUCAGGACAAUCUACGUAAAAAGGAUGAUCGGAUUGAAGAAUUGGAAGAGGCACUCAGAGAAAGUGUUCAGAUAACUGCAGAGCGGGAAAUGGUGCUAGCACAAGAGGAGUCAGCCAGGAUCAAUGCUGAGAAACAGGUAGAAGAGCUGAUGAUGGCCAUGGAGAAGGUUAAGCAGGAGCUGGAGUCUAUGAAAGCAAAAUUGUCCUCUACUCAACAGUCUUUAGCUGAGAAGGAAACCCAUUUGACCAACCUACGAGCGGAAAGAAGAAAACAUUUGGAGGAAGUCCUGGAGAUGAAACAGGAAGCCCUUCUUGCUGCCAUUAGUGAAAAAGAUGCCAAUAUUGCUCUGCUAGAACUUUCAUCUUCCAAGAAGAAGACCCAAGAUGAAGUGGCUGCACUCAAGCGAGAGAAAGACCGCCUCGUACAACAGCUCAAGCAGCAGACUCAGAACCGUAUGAAGCUGAUGGCUGACAACUAUGAGGAUGACCACCUCAAAUCCUCAUCCCAUUCCAACCAAACCAACCACAAGCCCUCCCCAGACCAGACAAUUCAGCCCCUCUUAGAACUCGAUCAGAAUCGCAGCAAGUUGAAGUUAUACAUUGGACAUCUGACAGCCCUCUGCCAUGACCGUGACCCCCUGAUUCUGCGUGGACUCACCCCACCUGCUUCCUACCACCUGGAUGAUGACCGGACAGCUUGGGAGAAAGAGCUGCAGAAGAUGACCCAGGAGCAGCUUCGUGACGAGUUAGAAAAGGGCGAGAAGGAAAGCGCAGAGCUGCAGGAGUUUGCCAAUGCCAUCUUACAGCAGAUAGCGGAUCACUGCCCUGACAUCCUGGAGCAAGUCGUCAAUGCACUUGAGGAGUCAUCAUGACCUCGGCCGCUGGCCCCGCUGGAGCAGCACACCAGUGGCCAAGCCCAGUCAGUCCAAGGAGCCAUGAGAGGAGUAUGAAAGACAGAAAAUGGAAUAGAAACUUCUGGUGCACCUUCUACAAGGAAAACAAAAGCAAAAAAAAAAAAAAACCAAACUCUAAAAACUACAUGCUCUCUAGGUUCUUCCAGUCUGUGAUUAAUCAAUCAUGCUUGUGUUCAGCUUCUCACUGCCUUUCUACUUUAGCAUCCAAUUCCCCACUGACUUUGUUGAUGGUAUUGUGACUUUUGGAUGCAGCUAAGCAGAGCUCUUCCAAGUCUCCUGAGCAAAGAAGAGGGGAUCCACUGAAUGCAAGCAGCUCUAGUUCUCCAUGGGUAGCCUUUGCCUUUCAUUCAUUUAUUGCUUCUUUUUUCUUUUUUCUUUUUUUUUUUUUUCAUAAAAGCUGAAAGCCUCAAUUUCAUAGUGCUAAAACCUAAACCUGAGUGUGCUCUGUUUAUGGCUCACAAUUGGCCAGUAUCAGCUAGCUAGCUCAGGUCUCACUGCCUGUCUCAAUACUUCUUAUGUUCUUAAAUAACAGAGAGAGGAGAGAAAAGGAAAGUUUCCCUAUUUGGUCCUGUUAGUCACUUCAUCUAGCAGCUGGGAAACAAGGUAGGCAUACUGGUACUUUCUGUUUACUUAACUUUGAUUUUUAUUGUUCACUGAUUUGACUCUGAAAUGCUGAGUGGGGCAUAUUUUCAGAUAACUGUUUUCAUCUGUUGGCUUCUUGUUUUUUUUUUUUUUCAGCUGAAGUUUCUCAUCAUAGGUCUGUACCUCUUAAGUUCUUAUUUUAUAGAGAGCUCUCUCCGUUCAAGCAGGUGUGGUCAACAGGUCAGCUCCCAGGUUUAACUUGUAUAGUUUGACCAUUGCUAAUUUUUCAGGCCACAGGUUUGUGAACACUAGCUGCCAUCAGAAUAGUUUCAGGCAUUUUGUACAUGAGCAGAUUGCAUCAUUUAGCUUAGAAGUAUAAUUUUAAAACUAAUUUAGGUAAAUUGGUAACAUAGUUCUUACUAUAAUUAUAAUUUAAUUUAUUUUGGUUUAGCUUAGGUUGACAAGGAAUGAGUUUGAAUUCAGAGCAAUAACCCCUUUUUACAAAGAGGAGCAUCUCUGUUGGGGUUGGCACCCUGCGGAGUAGAUAGGUAUAAAAUCACGGCUUUAGCUAAACCAGUGCAAUUCUUAUAUGUAUAUGAGAGGCCUUACUCUUGCUCUCAGCCAUCUUUGACACUCAUUCAAGCCCCUGCUGAUAGGUAAUAUGACCUGAAAUAGUAGGUCAAUUUGUCAUUAUGGUAGCAAAUCAGAAUCCUGUUUUAUGGGUAGGACUUUCACAUUCAUUCUUGGACUCUGCAUUAAAGGGGAGACAUGUUUUUUCUCCUAGUUGCCAGUGGUUGUGUUUCUGAGGGCAUCUGCAGGACAGAACCCUUUAACAAGUCCCUGCGUACUCCUUAAAGGAGGUAUUCUCCUUGGGCUUUCUCAUAUUACUUAAGAGAACAAGGGGAGGGGGAAAGGAGACCAAAUAUCAACACAGCAGUGGAUGAGAUCUUGGCUUUCUAGUCACCAGCUAAUUAUGAACCCUCUGACUCCUGUGGCCAUUGCUGUAACUCUAACAGAUUUUACAAGUUUUAGAAACAUCAGCUGAUUAUAGCAUUCAUAAUCUCUCUCAGUAAACCUCCCAUUCAGAGCCCUCAGUUUAAUUCCAUGACUUACUUUAUUUUGAGCUUAAGCACUAAACUGCUACGCUAAGUAAAAUGUUUCAAACCCUUUCAGAAAAACUGCAUUUCUUAUGUCUUUCAAAUCUAUGGCACAGCUCCUCUGUAGGUGCUUCACACCGUAUUUUUAUACUUAGAAGUGACUGGUUGAUUGCUUCUAAUAGAAAGGAGACCAGCAAAAGUUUGAAUAAGUGAAGCUGUACCCUGUCUUCUUUUCAACCACUGAAAAUUGGGCAAAACUGAAAACUUGUUAUACCUAUAGAUUAUAUUGAAAUAAAUCACACCCAAAUUCAUUCUGCUGUAAUGAUUCUAAAGAAGCAAUGUAUCCAUAACCAUGGUGUCUGCUGGGAAGAAAUAUCUAAGUCUCCAAAGAAGAGGUGGUUCAUGCCUUUUCCGUGUUUUGAACUGCCAGCGCUUUGCAAAUCGGGACAUGUAGCUUUAGUUCUCAGUGUAGUAACAGCCUGUGUCCCAAAGCUUUUUUUUUUUCUCAUGGAACAGGAGAGUAAUGGGAACCUGAAUGUUUGCAAGGGGGAAAUACCGGAAGGUAUGUAGACAGUGACUGUACAUACCACUGAGCCAUGCCUCAUACCAGAACCACCCCUUUGGUCCUAUUAUUUGAGUCAGCACGUUUUGAUAGGAGCAGUUGUUUUGAAAUCUUUCCUCUUGCUUUUUCUUCAUCACCCCUAAUUACUCACUCCAGGAAUUUAAUGCUGCCUGUAAAACCAUCAGGGCCAUCAGCCUAACAUCAUCACACCACCACCACCACUCCUGACUAUCUCAUUAACUUAUAUGGUCAAAUCUCCAGCUGCCCUGGUUCCCUGCUGUAAAACAAUCCUUCCUCUGUGAGAAGCUGUGGAAUUUCCCUUAUCGAUGGUUCAAAUGACUCCUGCUUGUAAACCUCUUACUGAGAUGUUCCUUGAUAGCGUUUCUGCUGCAGGGAAAGGGGGAGGGGAUGGGAGCAAGGGGUGGUCAUUUCUGGCUGUUAUUUCAAUUGCAUUUGUUUGCUGCGUUGCCCGUACAUCACAGGAAAGCUCCCAGUUUCAGUGCUGGUUCUUGUGCAUCCUUAACUCAGCUGCCAGCCUGAGGCUCUGUUUCUAGGUUGGAAAGUGCCUCAGAAAAAGGCAUGUUGCGGUCAUGAUAGCAUGUUUAGGACCCAUGCAUCUGAAACCAGGUGAAUCUCACUGUUUACACAUCUCCCAGCUUCAUCCCUGAAAGGAUUUGUCAAGCCUGGCUAGUUUUCACACUGGCCAUUUGGUCUUUAUCUGCAAGCCACACACCUGCUGUUCUUCCCAUCUGGAUUAUUGGGCCUUUGUAAGUUUUCUCGUUAACUACUGUUAUCUUCUGGGGUUUCUAGACUUACCAUCUUAAACAUUGAUCUUAGACCUCAGUAAAGUGCUUUCAGGGAGAGAGCAGAUCUCAUUUGGGAACAGACUUGAUCCGACUUGAUCUCCAUUGAACUAUUUCAGAUAAUCUCUCUGAUCCUGUGUAGAUAGAGAUCUUGUCACAGUGAAUAGCUUGGGGAACUAUAGGAUUUGGGAGAUGCUGCUGGUCACUGUUGAGCGUGACCAGUGAAAGCUUUUCCUUUUGCUUGUAUGGAGUGCCACACUGCUGGCCUUAGGGUAAUUAAUGGAUUUGGUUAUUGCAAUCCAUCAAAAAAUUGCAUAUCAGGCACAUGCAGAAGGGCCAUAUGUGUGCAUAUACCAUGAUGUUCAUCCAGUUGCCUAACCCUCCCCAGCUCCUUUAAAAUCUGCUAUCCAGGUGUCAGCAGCCAGGGAGAUGCAGACAGUUUCCUAGCACAACAGUCCUAUACUGCAGCACUUCUGGGAAAUUCGGGGGCCCUUCCUGCUUCAUGGGCCCCUGUCCAGUUCCCAGUGUGCCUGGGGAAACUUGCUUGUUCUUCUCCUCUUCUGUGAACUUCCAUUUGCUGUGGGAGUUGUGAAAGUCCUGACUGCUUUGAUUUUUUUUUUCUUACAAGCUGUCAUUUGUAGACAAACAGAGAUGUAAGGACUUGAGAAGCUGUCUGUAGAAAAUUAAAUAGGUAAUUUUAGCUGUGUUUGGGCUAAAAAAUAACUCAAGCCAGAAGCCCAUGUACAGUGUAAAAGCUGACACCCCAACCAUGAUGUUGAUGAUAUCCAUGAGCCCAAGUACAUAUUUUCCUCUGAAUCAAGCCUCAUUUAAAACACUAAAAGGACAUUAUAACACUAGAGUUGCAGUGUGAGAACAUUAGCACUAUUUGUGAUUGGAAGAAGAAUUGACUGGAGUGCUCCCAAGUGAAACUCUAAGCUUCUGGUAUUCUCUCUCAUUUUGACUGCCUUUAACCAGCUAUCCCUCUAGAAAAUGCCAAACUCUCUCUGGAGUAUCCGAUUUUUGCCAAGUCCAGGGGAUGGAAGGCGAAGGUCAUGCGAUGCACAAGACUGUUGCAGUUUCCAGUUGCACUGCUGGAAUACACCUUCUCUAUCAGAUUUGCUGGUACUUUGUGGCUCUCAGUAUUUUGCACAAGGGAGCAUUAAUGUUAUAAGCUUGUACACAUAACCCUGUUUUUUGAACCAAAGGGGCACCUAUUUUCAUUUGCCCUCUAGUUCCACCCAUUCUGCUGCUAAUGCUCAAUUUGUUGGGAAAUUUCUGCAACUGAUAAAAGGUUAACAGGGUUGAGUCCCCACUCCUGUACUAACUGCCAAUCUGGCACUGAAGGGCUCUUUACAAAGAAUGUGAAGAGCCGUGUGCUGAUACCAUUGUAAAGCAAAAAUUUCACUACAUAAAAUAACAUAUGUAUUUCUCAAUGACACUAAUGAAAUAAAAAGGGAAAUAGUACAAUCAAGGCAUCUGACAUUAAAGGAAGCCUCUACUCAGCUCAAUGUCUGCACUGAAACAGGGAAUCGGGGAGGAAGCAGAAGGCAAUGGAUAACUAACACUGCCCCAGUGAAGCUGGUGGGGUGGAAGGGUCAGGCGAAGGGCGGCCUGGGCGGCCACUGCUGGCGAGAGCAGCCCCGCCAAUCAGUCUUGUCAGCACAGUGAGGAAAACGAGUGUCUGGGGGGAUUUUUAAGCAAAAUAAUGUUUUUAAUUGUUUUUUUCCACAUAUAUGGGAGGAACCUUACACAUCAGCAAAUCCUUCUGAACAAAAUGGCUGUGUCCACUGACUAUUAAAAAAAAAAAAAAAGAAAAAGAAAAAGAAAAAGUAAAAGAAAAACUGUUUUGAAACUUUUUAGUGUCAAAAGCAUAAACACAGAAAUCCUGACUUUUUCCAGUGUGUGUGGUGAGUGCUGUAACCCUGUCAUCAGUAUCUCUCCUGACUUUUUCAGGGGUGUUUUCUCCUGUUCUGUUUUCUGCUUGUCGAUAUUGUCUGUGUGGUCCUAAGGCUGGGGCAGUUACCAACAAUGUGUGUCUGUUGUCGGAUUAAAAAAGAUAGUAGUAGAACCGAAAAAGAUGUGUUUUAAAAAUAUAUGAAAAAUAAAUUUCAUCAAAAGGAAUUCAAGUACAGAAGCAACAAAGCCUUGACUCCUCCUCUCAGGAUUGUACGGAAAAGGAUUUGUGGGCUUAUAAUUAUAACUAGUGACCUUUUGCAGGCUUUUGAGGUCCAGGAGAGCUUGGCCUCUUCGAAAAUGUUACGAACCCUGUAUUGUAAAUUCCUGCUUUCCCAGUUUUAUACUGUACAUGCUACACGUGUAAUACAGAAAUGGGCAGAAUGAAGGAGUAUUUUGGAAAUCAGUCUUUUCUAGUAACAAUCUCCUACAUCGGGUGACCCUUAAAAUAUGAACCAUUGAUGUAAAUGGAUCAGACACUUUGGCCAAAUUUUCACGGUCUUCUGGAUUGCACCUGUAAAUGCCAGGGACACAUGCAAGUGCAGAUUGGCUGGAAUAGUUACGAGUGGCGUGUAGGCCCAUUUUCGGACUUGUAUCUCCUUGUGUCCAGUAAUGACUUAAUAUCCACAGCAGUUUACGUUACAUUAAAGGACUAGCAGCUGCCUUCUGCUGUGGUUACCUCAGACCUAGAAGGAACAAUGUGAGGAUAAACUGGCAUGUAAUGUAAACAAACAAACAAAAAAACAACACAAAUUGCUUUGCCUAUGAUACUAGGUAAAGAACUUCAUUAAAUUAUUUUUUUUUUCUUUCAAAUUUAAUUAUCAUAUGCUAUUUGUCCUCACUUUGCACUUCCAGUUUGGAUCCUGAAAGUCAAGUAAAUUGAUUUUGCUUUUAAGUAGAUUUUUCUGCCUUGGGUUCUCAAUGCUUGUCUGGUUUUAUUGCUCAAAACAUUAUUUUUUCCGUUUGGACUGACAAAAACAUUGAUCUCUUCAUCAGUCAUGUGUAGUCUCUUUUAUUAUGAAAUGUGGUUAUCAUCUAAAAUCCAAACAUGAAGCCAAAUUUUACAAGUAGGCCUCGUUCCUUUAAUCUCCCCCACCUUGCCAGCUGUGCAUGGACAUGGCCAAGCCUCAGUCCUCAUGAAGCGCAGCCACCCCUUGCGUUUCAUUUGGCAGUGCUUGGGAUGUGCCCUGUCCUCUGUGCCUGCUCAUGGGCAGCUGGCUGCACGUGGCCCUUUCUGAGACGCUUGUUACAGUAUAUCUGGGGAGGUUUGGGUGGCGAAUGCCUUUAUCUGCUCAGAGUCUGAAGGAGGAUGAAUCAAAUGGGACCAUGAACAGCGGAAUAACUCCUGUGCUAGUCUAACAUGCCGCUCCAAGCCCACUACAAUAGUACAUUGCUGUUUCCCUCCAAGACAGUAAAUGAUGAGGGCCACACACCAGGUUCUGGUUCACAAAGUGUGUGUUUGGGGGGAGACAAUCUGGAGGAUUGCCCCAAGGACUGAAAAAGCUGUGGGAUGCUCCAUCCAGUCUGCAGAUUUGUGUCCCUUGUUUGCUUUGGAAGAGACGUGUUGCACUUUAGUGGAGGGGGAGACAGGCUUUGGGUAUGGGAUCUAGUGUACUUGAAUUCCUUUUUGAAAUAACAGCAGCGGGAGACAUUGAUGUCCGUGAUGCAAGUGUGCACGCUGCCUUCAACUUGUAUGUGUUUUAUCGCUGGAGUCAUGUUACUGACAGGAUAAUGAAACUGCAAAGAAAAUGUGUUAUAUUCAACUUUGCCUUGAUAAUAUAAACACUUUGUUCAUUUUUUUCUUCUUUUUUAUUCACAGACUAAGUUCAUCAGGAAAUUAUAAAAUUAUU